GUAUAUAAAGGCAGUGAUAACCAGGGCACAAAGCACAGAGGUAUCAGUGAGUUCACCCUGAACUUUUGGAUAUGUGGAAAAGAAAAUGCGCACAAAGAGAAAUUCAGCCAGAGGUGGAAGAGCGAGGACACUGGGGAAAUAAGGUGGAAUUUCUCCUGGCUGUGGCAGGAAAUGUUGUCGGCUUGGGGAACGUGUGGCGGUUUCCUUACCUCUGUUACAAAAAUGGAGGCGGUGCAUUCCUGGUACCAUAUCUGGUAUUUGUGGUAACCUGUGGCUUACCCCUCUUCCUGCUGGAGACAACUGUGGGACAGUACACCCAGGAGGGAGGCAUUACCUGCUGGAGGAAGCUAUGCCCACUAGCAGAAGGGAUUGGCUAUGGUGGACAGCUGAUCAUCUUCUACAGCUGUAUGACCUACAUCAUUAUUCUGUCCUGGGCUUUGCUCUACUUUGUGUUCUCCUUCAGCUCUCAGCUCCCCUGGGCCUCCUGCAACAACUAUUGGAACACAGAUGACUGUGUAGAUUUUUCAUCAAAAAAUGACACCGUCCACUGGACCAGUCAGACUAACUCAACUUCUGCAGCCACAGAAUUUUGGGAACGACGAGUGUUGGCGAUCUCAGGGGGCAUUGAGGAACUAGGCAGCAUCCAGUGGGAGACACUGUUGUGCCUAAUUGCUAUGUGGGUCAUCUGCUACUUUUGUAUCUGGAAAGGGGUCCGAUCUACAGGAAAGGUGGUAUAUUUCACUGCUACCUUCCCUUAUGUGAUGUUGUUAAUUCUUUUGAUUCGUGGCCUCUCUCUUCCUGGUGCAUCACAAGGAGUGAUGUUUUAUCUUCUGCCUGAACCCUCCCGACUAAAAGACCCUCAGGUGUGGAUGGAGGCUGGGGCUCAGAUCUUCUUCUCGUACAGUAUCGGCGUGGGCUCCCUAACCGUGUUGGGAAGCUACAACAAAUACAAUAACAACUGCUAUAAUGACUGUCUGAUGCUGUGUUUGCUGAACAGUGUUACCAGCAUUGUAGCUGGUUUUGCUGUGUUCUCAGUGCUGGGAUUCAUGGCUCAUGAGCAAGGCGUUCCCAUUGCAGAAGUGGCCGAGUCAGGUCCAGGCCUGGCAUUCAUUGCAUAUCCUCAGGCUGUAGCCAUGAUGCCCCUGCCUCAACUGUGGUCCAUCUGUUUCUUUGUUAUGCUCAUUCUCUUGGGUCUGGACACACAAUUUGUUGCCAUGGAGGUGGUGAUGACGUCUGUCAUAGAUAUGUUUCCCAAAGUGAUGCGCAGGGCAGGUCGAAGGGAGAUUUUUCUCUUUCUCUUCUGCAUCGUAUGUUUCUUCUCUCAGCUUGUCAUGAUCACUGAGGGAGGAAUGUUUGUGUUCCAGUUGUUUGACUAUUACGCUUGUAACGGAGCCUGCAUCCUCUUUCUCUGUGUGUUUGAAGCCCUGGCCCUGGGCUGGGUAUUCGGGGCAGAUCGGUUGUACGACAUAAUAAAGGACAUGACAGGCAUAAGGGCCAACUUCUUCUUUAAAAUCUGCUGGCUCUACCUCACACCGCUGGUCUCACUGGGCUCUUUUAUAUGUUCUUUAAUUGAGUACCAGCCUCUGACCUUUAAUCGGUGGUACGUCUACCCAUCCUGGGCAUAUGUGCUGGGGUGGGCACUGGCCCUCUCCUCCAUCCUGCUUGUGCCAGGACUGGCCCUGUUUAAGCUGGGCACUGGGACUGGGACGCUAAGUCAGCGUUUCCGUCACCUGUGCCAGCCUGACCUUAAAAACUUAGAGAACCAAAGGAGAGAAACUGAACUGCAGUCCAUCAAAGAGGAACUUCUGGAGCACGUCACACCAAACUGAUAUAAAAGGUCAUCUGGUCCUGAAAUCUGCAUAACAACAAAGAUUUGGAGCUGAAUGCGAUAUCACUUUCUCUGCUUUUUCUUCUUUUUUUAAAUCAUCUUUACACAUUUUAGCCAUAUCAUACUGAUUGUGGAUCCUGAGCCUGCUAAGAAACAUAUCACUCCAUGUGUUGUGGAAUUGAACUGAAGUUUUCCUUCUUAUUGCUAUUAGCAAACCUCACUCUAUUUUGCAAUGCAGAAAUACAGUUAACUACCACUGACCAGUGUCUGUGCUAUGUUUCAGUUUUCUAAACCACAAAGUGCUACAGUACCUGGGCACUUUGCAGUUACUGAGCUGACCAGGAACUACUCUGGAUACUUAAGUAUUCUGGAGUCAAACAUGAAGCCAUCUAUCUGACAGCUAAAGCUGGGCUCAAACUGGUUCAUGCAACAGGACAAUGGUCCCAAGCACAGCAGCAAAUCUACAACAGAAAGACUGAAAGAAAAAGAAUCUAAGUGUGGCAGUGUUCCAAAGUCCAGACAUCAACCCAACUGAAAUGCUGUGGUGAGACCUUAACAGAGCUGUGCAUAAACAAAUGCCUGCAAACCUGGACUGCAGAGGCUUGAAGAUGGUUUUAAUGGCUCCCACCAACACGGUCAUGUUAUCAUGACAGUUAAAAUAAAAAGAGCUGAUUGAUUGAUUUCAUUUUAUAAAAAGAAUUUAGAGCAAGAAAUCUACAGAAUAUGAUGGCCCAAGGGUGCAGAUCCUAGAAAGAAUUUAAAUUUAUGCUGCAGCAUGCAACAAUUUAAAAUGAUCUCUAUUCCUAUCUCUCAUAUUAGAUAGAUAGAUGUAGUCAUCAGGCAGAUGGAACAUGAGAAAUACCAAGGCCUGAGAGAAGAAAUAGAGGAUGUGGAAGGUGACAGUAACAGUGUUUCCCCGGAACAAUCGGAACGCUUGGGGCAGUGACCCCCAAACUGGGAGAGUGGCUCCCAGUGGUAGUUCAAAUGCUUGAACUUUCAUUCUUCCUUUCAGUUCAUGCAAUCCACCUCCUCCACUACCCAAGAGCUUCGUCCAAGCCUCCAUCUUGGUCUCCACCACCACCAGCGCCUAGACUCUGGGAUUCCCUUCUGCUUCAAUGGGCCGUCGGAGUCUAAUCACCACACAGCAAAUUGUACUUAUCAACAAAUCAUGUUCAAUUUAUGCUAAUGAUCUCUCCUUAAUGAAAUAAUAUUUCAGAUCAAGAAAAGUGUAAUCACACAAUAUAAAGAUGACAACUACUUUUAGUUGACUAGUACAAUGACAAAGCUCUCCUGUGGUUGCUAGGGAACAUGUUGGCAUCAUAUCUUAUGUAGAUAAAAACCUUCAGGGGCCGAAGACACACCUGUAUGCCAAGUUUGGUUGCUCAACUCCUGCUUGUGUAAGAAGAGCUGGCAGCCAAAGAAACACAAUAACACACACAGACAGACUUUAUGUAGUAAGACAGCAAAUAUCUUUUUCAUAUUACUUGUAAAUGAUGGGUUAACUAACUAAAAUAUUGCAGACCAUCUAUUCUUUUUAUACUUUGAGAGAGGGGAGGGCAUGCUGUACAUGAAGCCAAAAAUCACAUCUUGUUCUGAAACAGUGCUUUGACCCCAGUGCAGUAAAAUAAAUGAAAAGGGCAAAAAACAUUUUUGCAUAAAGUAUGAUAUUCCUGUCACACCUGAUCUGUAUUUUGAUCCAACAUUUAAAAGGACCAAUAAUGUAAAGUGUUCGCUUUUGGAAACCCAUUUUCCCCAACAGUCUCUGUGAGAAGAAUAAUUUUAUUUUCAUGUGUCAGUAGGUUAUUUAAUAAGAAAAAAGACACACAGUGCAGAAAAGACCCCAAAAUCCAGCAACUAUACUAGAAAGGAAACUACUUCCAUGGCUUUCAGGAAGCAGAGACGGUGCUGCACGUCUCCUACCCUGCCAGUUUCCAUGGCAGCAGCUCGAUUAAUUCAAGGUUAAGUAAACAUGUGGCACAAAAACACAAUAAUAUGAGACUCACCAUGAAAAGAUUCAUGCUGAAAAGACUAUUUUUCACAUAUUGCUUUAUUUAAAUAGCUUAAUUAAGAAAAAUCAAUAGUAAAAACUACUUUAAGUUUCAGAAAUGUGUUCAUAUGCACAAAGGAGAAUAAUCUUGCACAUAGCCACUCAGCUGGCAUACGUUUAUACCCAAACACUGUCAAACUUUCAAACCUAUAAAGCAAACUGUUUUCCAUCUGUGAGAAAAACAAAUAACCGUUUGAAACCAUCAAGUAGUUGCUUGAUCCAAAAAAACAAAAUCAAAGAAAAAAAAUUAAAUGAAAAGGAAAAGAGGAUGAAAGUAGAAAUAAAGCUGCUAUAUGAAAGA